AUGACAGAAUGGACAAUCCACGGGAUGUUUGCGACCUACAAUGAUGCUGCUCGACGAAUUAAUGCUAUCAAGUUACAACUUAUGGGAGGCAGACCACUCCAUGAACCAAGACCCCAGCUCAUCACCUACCUCCCCAACGACGUAAAUAGAUAUUGGGAGAUUAUCGAAGACAUGGAAGGAUAUUUAGGUCGCUAUAAUUUCAAUAACCUUUCUAAUCACAUGGACUUCACCAACGCCAUGAGAUGGUAUUUCCAUGGUGGCAAAGAGGGCUUUGAGCUCAAAGCGAAAGAUAUCUAUAAUCCCAUUGCUAUCUACGUCCCAGGCACUCGCGAGGAAAUAUCCCGGAUCAAAAAUGACCCGAGGAUGACCUUCGUGGUUCUUACGAAGAGAAAACGGAUGAUCGAGGGCAUGGAACUGGGGUAUGAGUGUCAAAAUCAACGAGAACGGCUCGAUCCAAAUUCUCAAGACGGUAACAAGUCUCAACUGGAGUUACAUGAGGAAAGAAUUAGGGCUCGUGAUUUGAAGGAUCUCGGCACUCUGUAUCUUACCUUAUUGCAUGGUUUGAGAACUCUCAUUCACUGCACGAAUUUAGAUAAAAAUCCCUACAAAUCUGCAUGGAACUUGAAAGCACUUAAUAUCAGAGGGCAGCUCCAGGAUCUUCAUGAACUCCUAUCUGAGAAGUUAACAGAAUUGUAUAAAUUAUGCGAAAGAUGCGGAAUUGAGGAUCAAGGACCAGAAGAAUCGAACGAGCUCAAGCAAAUGAUAAGUAGAAAAAUCAUCAAGGUGCUCAUACACAUGGAUUAUCUUUUCAUAGAAAUUUCCGACCCCACAAUGUAUAAGGACACCAUUACAAAUUACAUUCGGGAAAGAAAGUCGUUGAACUAUGUGUCUGAGAUGAAGGACUUAUGUGCAGAAGAAUCGGAAAGUUAUUACACUGUGUGGGAACCACAACUCUCUCGGCGCAUGGAUGCUAUAACAAACGGCAUCAGAGUCGUAACUGAUGUUCUCCACGACGGAAGAUCGUUGCUUGGCAUAUCCUAG